GGAGAAUCCAGAAACUUCUUGAUUCCGAUAUCAUUAUCGUGUUCCACGAAUGUAAAAAUAAUGCACUCUAAAUAAAAGUUGAGUAAAAUUUACCCAACCAUUGUGUAAAUUUUGCCAAAUUAUUGUGUCAUCCUCUUUUUUACUCAACCUUGUGUAAAUUUAGCACAACUCUUAUCUAGAGUGUGCUGACGUUUCACAGGUUACCCAACAAUCAAAAUAUUUGCGAUAGGAGUUCAGCUUACGUCAUAUUACGUAAAAGAUUAAUUAAUGAGAGCAGAUAGAAACGUCCCUAUCUCUGGAUUUGUGAUAAUCCUUAACUAAAUCCUCACUUUAACAUUCCCAUCCCAGCAGAAAAAUUUACCUUGAUUGUGCAUAGCCAAAGUUAUCAUACAAUAAAUUUUUAAACGUUCCGAGAAAGAUUAACGAAAUAUUCCAUGGGUCGAGGGUCUCUGCGUAAAUUUGGUCAUUCUAGAUUCCCAAAAAUUUUACCUUUUGCCAUCAAUCACAAAGAAAUUCCUCAUAUCCCUCUUCAGUUCGUUAUGUAAUGUAUGGGCAUUCCACCAUAAAUUCGCCAUUAUUCAACUAGUCAGUAUCGAGUCACUGAGCUGUUUCUGAUUAAUCAUUAUAAUCAAGCAAAUGUCCUCCGAUCCGGUCGAUUAGAGGAGAGAGUCGCGUACAAAAAUAAUUUCAAGGUUUAAUUAUCCUUCGCAACAACUAUGUUACCAAUAGUUGGACUAACUGUGGGUUUUAUUUCCACAUUAAUCGGGCUCACCACUGGUGCCAUGUACGAUGGGCACAGCAUGCUUAGAGUCACACCACAGACCAAGCGACAAGAAGAUCAUUUAAGGGACCUGAGUAAACACCAAGGGGUAUCAUUUAUUGGAGGUGAUCCUCUUGUUGGGGAUCAUUCCCAUGUAAUUGCUUCCCCACAAGUGUUGGAUUUUGUGUUGGAAUCUUUGAAAAAAUUCGAAACUGAGCAUCUUUUAACUAAUCCUGAUGUAGGAAGGUCAAUCCGUUCUCAAAAGGUCAUGACUAGAAUGAAUGGAGAUAUCAGUUGGGACGCAUACUACGAUUUGGACUCGAUCAACCAAUACCUGACCGUUCAAAGUGUCGGACAUCCUGACCUCGUGACCCUCACAACGAUCGGAAAAUCGUUCGAGGGAAGGGACUUAUUUCUCCUCAAAAUUAACAAGGGCAGCACCACGAAACCAAUUAUAUGGAUUGAUUCUAAUAUUCAUGCCCGAGAAUGGAUUUCAUCCGCGGUCGGGCUCUAUUUAAUCGAUCAACUCCUGAAUAGCCCAGAUAUUGAGAUUCAAGCUUACUUGGACGAUUUUAAUUUUCACAUUUUACCCAUGGCUAACCCGGACGGAUUCGUUUUCUCUCAUUUAACCGACAGAUUUUGGAGGAAGACCCGAUCAAACACUUCUGCCACGGCAAUAAAUGGAUGCCGUGGCGUAGAUCCGAAUAGAAAUUUCGACGCCUACUGGCUAGAAAACGAUGGGGGUUCUAAAGACCCCUGCGACCUUUAUUUCGCUGGAGACGCCGUUUUCACAGAGUUGGAAUGCAUCGCAAUUGCGCAAUAUUUAGACUCCAUCCGUGCCAACCUUAUUGCUUACAUAAGUCUGCACAGCUGGGGGCAAAACGUUUUAAUUCCGACGGGACGAGACUCUACGCAAAUACCGGAAUAUAAUGAAUACAUUAGAAUAGCAAACUUGGCCGCGGCAGCCCAUCAAAUCCCACAUGGCAUGGUUUACACAACCGGAAGUGUGUUCGAUGUUUGGCACCCGGCCCCAGGGACCAGUAUGGAUUGGGCGUACUUGAAUUUUCCAUCCGCCAAGAUACAUCUGACCUAUGAAUUCAGGGACAAAGGGCAAUACACCGUCCUUUUACCCGCAGAUCAAAUUUUGCCGCAAUGUGAAGAAUUCAUGGCAGGGAUCAAGGUCAUUUUCGACGAGCUUAAAUAAAUUCCAUGUAAAAAUUCAUGAAAUAAAUUAUUACGACUUGAGCGAAGCGGUGAUAAA